CCACGCGUUAGCUCUACCACGCGUUUCAUAUCCUACACCACAGCUCCAGGAGGCCUCCCGAGUUGGUUCGGCAUGACACGGUCCGUUACAUUUCUUUAGCACCACGACCUACUAAUCAACGCCCUUCUGGUUUCCAGUAAAUCAUUUACAGUCUGCUUCGAACAAUCUCAGAUUGAGCCUCUUUACGGGGUCAAUAAUCCCGCGAGAAACGGAAGUAAGAAACUAGUACCGCUCACUGCUAGUAGUAACGUCGCGCGAGGCUCGCGGAGCUCCGCCAUGGCGACGUUCGAGAAAUCAGCCACAGCCUCCCCUCUCCUCUCCUCAUCCGCCUCCUCCUUCUCCUGCCGCUCUCCCGCACUGCAGCAGUCACUCGGCGCGGCGUCGCCGUCGCUCUCCCCGUGUCCGUCGCUCAACGCGUCGUCCGUGAUCGUCCUGCUCCCAGACGACAGCGUGCGACUGUACGAGCAGCGCAUUUCCGCCAAUCGCGUGCUCGCGGAAUUCCCCAACCACGAGCUCCGUCGCGCGGGCAGCGGGCGGUCGCUGGACACGAGCAGUCAUCUAUCGUCGCGUGAAACCUACGCGCUGAUCAACCCCCAACUCCAACUUGGCCCCAAACCUGAACCAUCUCACCAUCACCCCACAGCGUCAAGCCAGCAGCAGCGGCCGCCGCAGCUGCCGCUGUCCCAGAACGAGUCGUUCUCGCAGCUGCCUCGAGAAUACUCGCCGACGGCGCCGCCGCUGCAACGCGCGCGAACGACAAGCCCGGAACGGAGUCAUUCUGCCGCCCCAAGUAAUGCCAUCGCUAUCCUCAAUGAUAGUACGAACUCUUGUCAUCCCGUGACUCACGCGCCGCCGGAUGAGCCGCAGCGAGGACGGAGCUCGACGCGCCGAAGCGCCGCUUCGACGGCGGCAGAUACCCGGCGCCGCUGCGACGACGGAAAUUGCGGCGCCGCUCCCCAUCGCGUCUUUGAUGAGAUAGUGGCAGCGCCGACCUCGCCUUACGACGGUCCGUUUGUAGCUUCUGCCGGCCGCUCUGUUGGCCCUGACGGUCGUGAUCGCGCGCAACGCGCCGGCGCCGCGACUUGCGGGGAGACGGUUUCCGCCGCAGGAGCAGCGGCAGACCAGGAACGCGCGUCGGAAAGGACGGGCUUUGGCGAAUCCCCGUCGCGAGACUACAGUCCUCAGGCUGCCGAAAACGAAUGGAGCGAACAAUCGGUGGCGGGUGAUUCUUGUACUCCCGGUGACGCCGCCGCGUCGGCUUGGGCGGCGCGGCGUGACGAUCACUUCGUAACGACGGCGGCGAUGGCGUCGCCUCUGUGGCGGCAGUCGUCGCUGACGACUUACCUGCCGUCCACGGCGGGCGGAAGGUUCCUCGCCGCCACCACUGGCAUGAUCAUGCACGCGCAGCACGCGCCGCACGCACCGCACGCACCGGCGCCGCUCUUCCCGAUGGCGUUUCCUGACACGAAGGCGGCCGACGCGCCGCUGCCGCCGUCGCAGAUGCCGCCGCCGCCGCCGCUUGACACGUCAGCGCUGCUUUGCCCCGACUCGGAGCUGCUGACUCAUGGCGAGCUGCAAUUUGAUUCGUGGAUCGACGAGUCUGCUGCUGACGUGGCAACGCCGCGCCUGCCGCCUCAUCGUCAUGUUCCGAGUCGUGCGGAAGAAUCUGCGAGCGUCGACGGUCUCCGCGGAAUCCGCGGAACCGUCGCGGCGGGGGGGGGAGGUCAGAGGGAGUGGCGCGGAGGCGAUGCCGCGAGAGGUAGCCUUCCGCCAGAGCUCCCCCAAAAUGGUCCGAAUGCCGCCAAUCACGGACUCAAGGCUACCGCUAGUACUACCAGUGGUACUGAGUCUACUAGACUUAGUACCGGCGCGGGAGACGGCGAAAGGAGCGGUGCCGAUUGCUUUAGCGCUUCGGAGUCGGAGGGAGGGGAGGCAUCAGCGGCAGCGAGAGCACGAGGCGGGGCGUUCGUGAGGAAGCGCGCCACGUCGGGAUUCCUGGACCUCUCCUCGUCUAGCGGUACUAACCUUUCUGCUACUCACAAUAGCAGCGGCGGCGGCGCAUGCGGCGGCGACGAUUCCCCCCCCAAGACGCGGCACGCUCGCGCCGGCAGCUCGCUGCUCGACGAGUGGUCGGAUCUGGGCGGCAGGCCGCCGUGGGUUGCGGGCGGCGGGGGUGCGAUGUCAGGCAAGGACGCGUCCGCGAAGUCGACGGAGAAGCGGCGGCCCAUCUUCCACCAGAAGACCCCGUCGGGGCGCAUUUUGCAGGAGCUGUUCGACCUGGAGAACGGCCCUCUGGAUCUGGAGUUCCUGGUGAGCCUGCGCACGCCCAGCCGCCGCCACUACGACUCGCCCGCACGCUCCUCCGCUCACUCCUCGCCUUACGCCCGCUACACGCUGACGGCCACGCCCCCUCGCCCCCCCUCGUCUCUCGCUCCUGCUCCUGCUCCUGGUGCUGCUUCGGACGGCCCGGCGCUGCUGGGUGCUGCCUUGGUCUCCCUUGAUUCAGCAGCCAUGGAUUGUCCGAUUCCUCGCUCUGCUUCCGCCGGUUCAGAUGCCCCGCACCUUUCUCCUGCUGUUUCUGCUGCUGCUGCUGCUUCCUCAGCUGGUUCUUCUGCUGCUGAUGAUGACGAGGCGGCAGCGGCGGCGGCGUCAGCAUGGGCAGCAGCUGAGCUGGUGGAUGGGUCGGUGUCGCCUGUGGCUUCUGCAUCGCGCGGCUGGAUUGCAUCGGCCGCGCGCUCGCGCUUCAUCUCGCGCAUCGCUCACAGCUUCAACUACUCCUCGCUGCAAGGCCGCCGCGGGCUCUUUGGCCUGCGGAACAAGAGCACCACCGGCAGCAGCAGCAGCAACGGGGGAGGCAACGGCGGGAAUGGCAUGUCAGCAACAGGCUCCACUGCUGCUGCUGCUGCUGCUGACAGUGCGUCAGGCAGUGGCAAGUCUGGCAGCAGAGUGGGAGGCGGCACUCGGUUGCUGAUCCGACGGGAAACCAUGCCCAUGGUGCGGCACGAGCACAUGGCAACGGCUCUGGAUGGCAGCUCAGACCGCUUCUCGGCGGCUGUUGCUGGUGCUGCCAUUCAUGCCAGUGCCUCGGACGGCGAUUUGAGCUCCACUGCUCACCUGCCCAAUGCUGCUCCACCAGUCCCUCAAUCCUCUGCUGCUGCUGUUGCUGCUGCUGCUAAGCACGAGGCGGGCCGGACCCUUACCAGGCAUGGUCUGGCGGGCAGCAGAGGCAGUACGCGCAGCAUCUCCAUCGGAGCAGCCAGCAGUGGCAGCAGCACGAGCGUGGGAGCGGCACACAGCAGCAGCAGCGUGGGGGUGGCACGCAGCAGCAGCAGCGCAAGCGGCGUGUCUCAGGCCAACAUGGUAGCAUGGGGGGGGGCGCCAGAGCCGAGCCUGCACGAUGCGGCAUGGAGAGUGCUGCUGAUGCAGCAGCAGAAGAUAGCUGAGAUGGAAGCGGAGAUCCUUGAGCUCAGGCAACGAUGCUGUGUGGCGGGGCUAGGUGGCAGUGGGGAUAGGGGCACAAGCGGAGGUGGCACGGUGGUGAUGCCUACUGCAGUGUCAGUUGACGGUGCUGAUUUUGUGCUGGAGAAGAAGCACGGAGGUGGGGCGUCAGGAGGAGCAGUGUAUGGUGGACUUGGGAAGUUCACGGCUUUGAGUGUGCGCAGCCGGCUUAGAGUGGGACUGGAGGAAAGGGGCGAGAACACGCUUGAAGUGGGAUGUGAUGAGAGGGAGAAUGCCGGAGGGAGCGAGGUCAUUAGCGUGCACAUCCCUUCGCCUACCUCCUCCCACUGCACUCCGAGGUGGACAGCCCGUGCUGCCCGCCGCCCUGACUCUCCCGUCGUCUCGCCUCGGUUUUCCCCCAGGCCUGCGGUUGCGGUGAUGGGUGCUGCUGCUGCUGCUGCUGCUGCUGCUGCGGGUCUAGCUUCGGAGUCUAGCUCUGCUGCUGCUGCUGGUGUUCGUCAAGGCUUCAAGGCGUUCUAGGUAUAGACAGGACGAUUUUUUAUUUGACUCAAGUGAUUUUUUCAGGUGCCGCAAGCCCUCAUUCAGCGGGGAUGAGGCAUUCGCUACUUGCUUGCCGCUUUCUGGGUUGCGGAUGGUUCUCGUGUAUUUGCAUUUGCAUUUGCAUUUGCUGAGUCGGGCCCCGUAUCUUGUUGCAGGGAGAAUGCUGUGUGCGCAUGGCUGAGCCGAACCAGCAGAUCACAGCUGCCCGCUAUUGCAACCCAUGAUUUCCCCUCUUUUUGGGUUUUUGUGCUCCUGGUUUUCUAGGUGCUUAUGUUACAGAGGUCUGUGGCUCAGUCCAGCGCACAUGUUAACAGGGUGAUUUACCCUGUUUCCUCGGAUUUUCAGGGUGUUUGUGUCACACAUAUAUGCAUAUGUUAUUAUAGGCAAAAUAGGUGCAUGCUCAUAGAGAGUACAACUCAUUAGCA